GAAGGUUUGUAUGUUGUCCUGUAGUUCAUUCAAGGUAAUUGGAGAAUCCAGUGGGUUCUGGAAUCCAGUUUGUUCUGGAAUUCAGUGGGUUCUGGAAUCCAGUUUGUUCUGGAAUCCAGUUUGUUCUGGAAUUCAGUGGGUUCUGGAAUCCAGUUUGGUCUGGAAUCCAGUUUGUUCUGGAAUCCAGUUUGUUCUGGAAUUCAGUGGGUUCUGGAAUCCAGUUUGUUCUGGAAUCCAGUGGGUUCUGGAAUCCAGUUUGUUCUGGAAUCCAGUGGGUUCUGGUCGUCUUUAAUAGUAGAUUCUAAGAUUUGUAUUUGAUCAUGUAAAUGUUUUUGCUGUUUGUUGUUUGUUGUUUGUUAUAGAGACAAAAAGAUUGGAGAAGUGGUUUACCCAGACAUCUCCAUUUUGGAUAGAUCAUUCUUCGUGUUUGUCACGCCCUGGUCGAAGUAUUAUUGUGUUUGUCUAUAUUUAUUUGGUCAGGCCGGGGUGUGACAUGGGUUUAUUGUGGUGUGUUUUGUCUUGGGGUUUUGUUAGUUAUUGGGUGUGUGGCUUAGUGGAGGUAUCUAGCAAAGUCUAUGGCUGUCUGGAGUGGUUCUCAAUCAGAGGCAGGUGUUUAUCGUUGUCUCUGAUUGGGAACCAUAUUUAGGCAGCCAUAUUCUUUGAGUGUUUUGUGGGUGAUUGUUCCUGGCUCUGGGUUUUCACCAGAUGGGACUGUUUCUGGGUUUUCACCAGGUGGGACUGUUUCUGGGUUUUCACCAGGUGGGACUGUUUCUGGGUUUUCACCAGGUGGGACUGUUUCUGGGUUUUCACCAGGUGGGGUUUCUGGGUUUUCACCAGGUGGGACUGUUUCUGGGUUUUCACCAGGUGGGACUGUUUCUGGGUUUUCACCAGGUGGGACUGUUUCUGGGUUUUCACCAGGUGGGACUGUUUCUGGGUUUUCACCAGGUGGGACUGUUUCUGAGUUUUCACCAGAUGGGACUGUUUCUGAGUUUUCACCAGAUGGGACUGUUUCUGAGUUUUCACCAGGUGGGACUGUUUCUGGGUUUUCACCAGGUGGGACUGUUUCUGGGUUUUCACCAGGUGGGACUGUUUCUGGGUUUUCACCAGGUGGGACUGUUUCUGGGUUUUCACCAGGUGGGACUGUUUCUGGGUUUUCACCAGGUGGGACUGUUUCUGGGUUUUCACCAGGUGGGACUGUUUCUGGGUUUUCACCAGGUGGGACUGUUUCUGGGUUUUCACCAGGUGGGACUGUUUCUGGGUUUUCACCAGGUGGGACUUUUUUUUCCUUCAUUAAAUCAACAUGAACAACGCUGCAUUUUGGUCCGACUCUCCUUCAACUAAAGAGAACUUAGUGUUAAGUGUUUUCCAAUUUUCCCAGAAGUGGUUAGUCUAUGGAUUCUUCAAUUACAUUGAGCUGAUUUCUGACGUGCUGUUUCUUUUUCCGUAGUGUAUUUCUGUAUUGUUUUAGUUAUUCACCAUAGUGAAGGUGUCAACUCAGGUUUUCUGAGUCUCUGUUUUUGUUGAACAGGUUUCUCAAUUUCUUUCUUAGGUAUGUCUGCUUAAAUUUUGAUUUAGAUAGGGAAGCUGAGAGGUCAAAUACACUGUUUAGGUUUCCUACUGCACUCUGUGUGCAAUAAUAGUGUUUAACAUAAUUGUUUUGAAUGACUCUCACCUCUGUAAACCACACAUAUAGAUACUUGUAAGGUCCCUCAGUAAAGCAGUGACCAGGGAGGUUUUCCAAAGCCUCGCAAAAGGGCACCGAUUGGUAGUAAAAAACAAUUAAAAGCAGACAUUGACUAUCCCUUUGAGCAUAGUGAAGCUAUUCAUUACACUUUGGAUGGUGUAUCAAUACACCCAGUCACUACAAAUAUACAGGCAUCCUUCCUAACUCAGUUGCCGGAGAGGAAAGAAACUGCGCAGGGAUUUCACCAUGAGGCUAAUUGUGACAUUUUAAUAAACUUUUUUUUUUUUUUAUCAUCUUGGUCGAACGAAGGAAGUCUGUUUCUUUCGACCAAUCGAUUGUUUAAUAAAAAUGUUUAAACACAAUACGUGUUUCAAUAAAAUAUAUAUGAAUUUGUGUCUUAUCUCAAUCAUUGUCAUGUAGUUAAUCUAAAUUAUUUCUAAAUGGAAAGGAUACAAACUUAAAGUAUCUUCUAUUGCUGUUGCCAACUAUGUAAAAAUAUCCUACAUAAAGCCAACAAAUGAAAACAUUGCAGGUAGAAAAUAUCCUGAUAAAAAAAAAAAAAAUAUCAAUCACAUUGGCAACAUGUCUGUAACGAACUUGAAACAUUCUAUAAAACGAUUGACUUGGAUCCGGGCUGAAGCUUGAAAUACCAAACUUGCAACAUUGUAUACAAUAUUAGUGGUCCUCAGAGUUGUCUCCACCAGUGAGCUCCGGACAGACACAGCAGUAAAACAUUUUUUAUUUAAGAAAGUCAGUUAAGAACAAAUUCUUAUUUACAAUGACGGCCUACCCCGGAUAACGUUGGGCAAAAUUGUGAGCCACUCUUUGGGACUCUCAAUCACGGCCGGAUGUGAUUCAGUCUGGAUUCGAACCAGGGACUGUAGUGACGCGUCUCUUGCACUGAGAUGCGUCCAUGUGUGUGUGUUAACUAUUUAACUGUACUAGAAUGCUUAAAAAGGUCGCUAAAAUGGUAAAUAUCGGUAUCGGUUCUUUGGCAAGGAAAUAAUCGGAAUUGGACAAAAAUGUCAUAUCGAUGCAUCACUAGUUAUCGUGAAUCGCCCAUGAAUUUGAAGAAAUUGAGAUAUGACCAAGGACAAGAUAUGAUACUCCUAAAGAAUGCAUGAAGUGCAAAGCCUUCAGGAAAUGACCAUGACCAAUCACCUAGCAGCAUAUAAUUCCCAGAGGAAGUGCAAUCACACGGGCAAUUCAAACGGAAUUACGCUUUGACUCAGUUUUUUCACUUUAAAAUGUAUGCCAAUUUUUUUUUAAAUAACAUUGAUUUCAAAGUUUAACAAACCAUACAACUAUGCACAAUGACAAGUCCAGUCAAAUAUUUGACAAAAAAAUGAAUUUAGUAGAAGAUGCAAACUUUGUUAAUGGAAUUACGAUAAAAAUCAGUUUUUUUACGAGACCACGUUUUCAAAACUAUAUAUAAAAAAGUACAGAGAAGAAAAGCCGCUCCUUGCAUCACCUAAAAAAACAACGCAGAUCCUUUGAGUUUCCUCCUUACUUGCCCACGUUCCCUUUCCAUACCUAGUGUUUGGUUGCCAUCUCAUUGCAAUAAAGGAUUUAUGCAAAACAAAAAGUGUGUGAGAUAACUUGUAUGAUGUCCACAUGUCCAUAUUCUGACCAAUCCAAUAGUGCACUAAACGAACCUAAAGUUACAUGUUAUAGUCCAAGGACCGUAAAUGUGUUGUUUAAUUCAAAGGAGAAUUUGCUCUGGAGUGUCUCAAAACACCAUCCAAACGUAAAUCAAUGAUCAAUUUCGGUGAUGGUUCUGGAAACAUGAACCCCUCUGUCAUAUAUCGCAUAAUAAUUUCACAAAUACAAAAUACACACUUACGGUACACUGUUCAGAUCGAGCGUCGGGGCUCUUUAAUUAACAAAACUACUACACAGAAGACGCCUUUGUCCAAUUAAUCUUAUGUGUAAUGGAAUUGACAGCCAUGAUCAGUGGCUAAUUCUGAUAAACAUCACUCUCUCCUAUCGUCCAUGACUCUUGGAUUAUCGGAUUCAAGCGAGGUAGUGGCAACGUUCCCUUCCUUUUACACGUUCAUUGAAAUGCUGCGCUGCUCAAUAUGUUUGGUGACACUUCCGCUUUCACUCCCUGUUUCUGUAAACAGUCCAUGUUUUACUUUGACCUCGGUCCGUGGCAGAUGUGCGUGGUCGUGAUGGGAAGUUCGGCUCUUUUUACGGACUCGGAUCUUUUCGACUCGUUCGGUCAAAAUAAGGAAUCGUUCGACUCUCCCGAGGUUCUGAGCCGGAGGAGCGUGUAGGACAGGUUAUCAGUCCUGCUGUAGGCUGGGAGUCAUUGCGCAACGUUUCCUCUUAGCAGGUCAAAACGAACGACUAAAAUUAACGAGUGGCGAUUAAUGACUCUCGAGUCAGUAAAGAGAGUCGUUGAAAUAGAAUGAAUCGUUUUCGAAAUGCACAUCGGGGAGUGUGGUGACAUAGAGGUGUCACCGUUUGUCUUUACUGUAUCAGUUAUCCUGUCAGAGCUGCAGAAUCCACUGCGCUGUUUCCGGCGCCACGUUUAUGGCCAUGUCGCAUCAGUAUGUAGGAGGGCAUGGGACAGAUGUGUGUAAUGUCGGGUUAGUUGGAAUGGGUAUUUUAUAUGUCCCUUUUUCCCAUUUUGUAUCACAAAGUAUAAUAGUUUUAUAUUAUGGUCCAGUUGAGGGCGAUAAUGCGACUUAUUGGAUGCCAUCCGCAGGUUAAACCCCACCGAAGAAGAACUGCGCAUCACCAGCGCAGAUAUUUCACCGGAUGUAUAAAUGUGAAGCAUCCGUUUGGGGUUUCCACGGUAGUGAGAGGAAGCCCAGUGUCCGGCAGUGGGAGAAGAUGAAACGAUAUGGAUUUUGGCCUACAUUUUGCACAUUUUAUCAUCGAUGAAACAUUUGAUAUCAAUACCAUGUUCUGUUCCAAAAAACUAGAAUAUGUUACGAACAGAGUGGAAUACGUUUUGUACAUUUUACCCGUUGCUAAAGUUUUAAAAAAUAGUGUUGUUUAGAAGGAGUGCAAAGAGUAGGCGUUCCCUAACCGAAAUAUGCAAAUAUAUGUGCUAGAACGCGCCAAUAGAAUCGCUCUGGAUCGGGCUUGGCUCUGCCCACAAUGACUAAUUUGUUCCUGUUUGAAAGGAAAGGCUGUGAUCUAUCUUGGUCUAGUUAUACAUAUCUGUGUCACUGGCGUGAGGUUCAACGUGCAAAGCGUCAGAAGAAAACAACAGCAGCAGCAUGAAGCCCCAACAGAAGUUAUUAAACUCGGUAGACCGCUGUGUAGACGAGGCCCUGGAAGGCAUUGUCUCUAGCUCUGGAUAUCUCUCUCUGCUGAGGGGCCACAGGGUGGUGGUCAGGGCUGAUCUGGAGGCCCUUAAGGGCCGGGUGGCCCUGCUGUCUGGAGGGGGGUCUGGACAUGAGCCAGCACACGCAGGGUACAUAGGUAGCGGUAUGCUAUCAGCAGCGGUUGCAGGUGGUGUCUUUGCCUCCCCUCCCCCGGCCAGUGUUCUAGCGGCCAUUUUGUGUCUACGUGACGCGGGGGUGUCGGGAGUUCUACUCAUCGUUAAGAACUACACCGGAGACCGCCUCAACUUCGGCCUCGCUGCGGAACAGGCCCGUAACCGCGGCGUCGCAGUCGAAAUGGUGAUUGUCGCCGACGACUGUGCUUUUGAUCAACCCAGUAAGGCUGGGAGGAGGGGCCUGUGUGGGACGGUGUUCGUUCACAAGCUUGCUGGGGCUCUGGCUGAAGAAGGUUGUCCAUUGGACGAGAUUGUCUCCAAGGUGACAGAGGCAGUGAAGGGCAUUGGUACUCUGGGGGUCAGCUUGUCUCCCUGCAGUGUUCCAGGCUGUCUGCCUUCCUUUGACCUGCCUGCUGGAGAGAUGGAGCUGGGACUGGGUAUCCAUGGUGAGCCUGGCAUUAAGAGGUCGAAGGUGACCUCGGCGGAUGAGGUGGUGAAGACCAUGGUAGACCAUAUGACCAACCCUGCCAGCCAAUCACAUCUGUCGCUGAAGUCAGGUGACAGUGUGGUUCUGUGUGUCAACAACCUUGGAGCUCUGUCUUGUCUAGAGAUAUCUGUUGUUACUAGAUCUGCUAUACGCUACCUGGAGGGUCGUGGGGUGCAGGUUGCCCGGGUGAUGUCGGGGUCAUUUAUGACAUCACUGGAAAUGGCGGGAGUGUCUCUGUCAAUGAUGAGAGCAGACCAGGAGAUACUCCGACUGUUUGAUGCCAAGACCACAGCCUCUGCCUGGCCCAACCUCAGUACUGUGUGUAUCAGUGGGACGAGUUACAUUCUGGACCCUCCAGCGAAAGACAUGCAAGAGACCUCUCACACAGAAGGUCCUCUCAGUGAUGUGAUGCGGAAGGCUCUAGAAGCGGUGUGCUUUUCCCUUCUUCAACGCCAAGAGGAACUAAACUCACUGGACAGGGCAUCCGGGGACGGAGAUUGCGGGAACACUCAUGCCCAAGCUGCGAAAGCCAUUCAGGAGUGGCUUCCGAGUCACAUUGUUCCUGGGUGCCCGGGGCAACUACUGUCCACUCUCGCCGGAUUGGUGCAGGAGAGAAUGGGCGGGUCUUCAGGAGCGUUAUACAGUUUGUUCCUGACAGCAGCUGCUGCUCUUCUGAAGGACCGCAGCGACCCCGCAGCCUGGGCCAACGCUAUGCAUGCUGGGACAGACGCUAUGAGAUGGUAUGGAGGAGCUGAUCCUGGAGACAGGACUAUGUUGGAUGCUCUGUGUCCAGCAGUGGAGGAACUGAGGAGACUAACAACUUCGCCACCUGGUGGUCACAUGGCCAUUCUGCAGGCUGCUGUGGAGAAAGCUGAACUGGGGGCGGAGUCUACCCGUGACCUCACAGCCAGGGCGGGGAGAGCCAGCUACAUCGCCACAGUACACGUGACCCUUCCUGACCCUGGUGCCGUGGCGAUAGCUGCCAUCUUGAGAGCAGUGUUCGAAGCCCUGGGAGGACAGAAGUGAUGACGGAGGGCCGGACGGACGUUGUUGUUGUCAUCAUUACAGCUGUUAUACAUGGUGAUCUGUUUGAAAAUGUGAUAUUAUAUGAUAAUGUGAAAAGCAAGAUAUGGUGCCGUCAAAUUAUAUUAUCCAUGACGUAGAAUCAUGAAUCUGACAAUGGAUGAUGUCAUAAUGUAAAUCUGAUAACUAUGGCGUCUUAACCAGUGAAUCAUAGCAAUGAGGAGUCUUAUAACCAGUGAAUAAUAGCAAUGAGGAGUCUUAUAACCAGUGAAUCAUAGCAAUGAGGAAUGAAAUGGCAAGCGACGCUGUUAGUGAGUCUAAAGUGUUGCCCAGCAACAGCCCCAAAACAUCACUGCUCUAGAGGAGAUCUGCAUGGAGGAAUGGGCCAAAAUACCAGCAACAGUGUGUGAAAACCUUGUGAAGACUUACAGAAAACGUUUGACCUCUGUCAUUGCCAACAAAGGGUAUAUAACAAAGUAUUGAGAAACUUUUGUUAUUGACCAAAUAUUUAUUUUUCACCAUAAUUUGCAAAUUAAUUAAUAAAAAAUCGUACAAUGUGG